UAAUACGUCACUGACAUGUGGGCCCGUGUGAUUUACCGGUGAACCCCCUACAACACAGGCACUAAUCGAGCCGCCCAGCGCUAUCAUAAGCACCCGAGCCAGCUCGCGAAUCGAGACCAAAACCCCGCACACAACGAGAGGCGGAGGAGGAGGCGAGGGCAUGGCGAGCUGCUGCGCUGGAAGCGAGGCGGCGGCGAUGGCGUCGGAGGCGUAUCUGGAGAGCGAGGCGGUGCAGGAGGCGCGGGAGCUGGUGGCGGAGCUGUGCCGGCACUUCUACUUGCAGGGGUGGGUCACGGGAACCGGCGGCAGCAUCACUGUCAAGGUCAACGACCCCGCCGUGCCGCUCGCCGACCGUCUCAUCGUCAUGUCACCCUCCGGUGUGCAGAAGGAGAGGAUGGUGGCAGAGGACAUGUAUGUGUUAUCUGCAGAUGGGAAAAUCCUCUCUGCGCCUGUAGCAAAGCCAUGGCCAAACAAGCCUCCAAAGUGCACGGACUGUGCACCUCUGUUCAUGAAGUCAUAUCUGAUGAGAGCAGCUGGGGCUGUCAUUCACAGCCAUGGAAUGGAGACUUGCAUUGCAACAAUGCUCAAUCCUGGUGCAAAGGAGUUCAGGAUAACUCAUAUGGAAAUGAUUAAAGGAAUCAAAGGUCAUGGCUAUCACGACGAAUUGGUUAUUCCUAUUAUCGAGAAUACUCCUUACGAGUAUGAGCUCACAGACUCCCUAAGUGCUGCGAUAGCAGCAUACCCAAAGACAACUGCUGUGCUUGUACGGAACCAUGGAAUAUAUGUGUGGGGUGACUCCUGGAUCAAUGCCAAGACACAAGCCGAAUGCUAUCAUUAUCUUUUAGAUGCUGCCAUCAAGCUCUAUCAAUUAGGUAUUGAUUGGACAACUCCUGAACAUGGUCCAAUAAACAGUGCGAAGAGGCUGCGCAGCAUUUUGAGCCCUGGAAUUCCUAAUGGAUGUCACACUGCUGAAUCACCAAAGCAGUGUGUUGUACUUGAUAUUGAGGGAACAACCACUCCAAUAUCAUUUGUGACUGAUGUUAUGUUUCCUUAUGCCCGUGAGAAUGUGCGAAAGCAUCUGACUUCUACGUUUGACUCUGAAGAAACCAAAGAAGACAUCAAACUAUUGCGCAUCCAAAUUGAAGAUGACUUAAGAAAUGGAAUUGUCGGGGCUGUCCCAGUUCCACCCGAUGAGGAUGGCAAAGAAGAGGUUAUCAAUUCACUAGUCGCCAAUGUUGAAUCAAUGAUUAAAGCAGACCGGAAGAUUACAUCAUUGAAACAACUUCAGGGUCAUAUAUGGAGGACUGGAUUCGAAAAGAAAGAACUGCAAGGAGUUGUGUUUGAGGAUGUUCCUGAGGCGCUAAAGAACUGGCAUGCUAGUGGCAGAAAGGUCUACAUAUACUCAAGUGGCAGUAGAGAGGCACAACGGCUUCUAUUUGGCAAUACAGUGUAUGGUGACCUGCGACAGUUCCUGUGUGGGUAUUUUGAUACCACAACAGGAAACAAAAGAGAAACUAAGAGUUACUUUGAGAUAUCUCAAUCACUUGGGGUGGACAAUCCAUCUCAAAUCUUAUUCAUCACCGAUGUCUUCCAAGAAGCCGUUGCUGCAAAAAACGCAGGUUUUGAGGUGCUAAUCUCCAUUCGCCCGGGAAAUGCACCACUUCCUGAGAAUCACGUUUUCCGCACUAUCAAGUCUUUCAGCGAGAUCUGAUGAACAUGAGGGAUCUGGAUGCGUCUGGAUAUGUGUAAUUUGAGAGUGCUUCCUGGGCUAAUGCCCCUGGGUCAAGUCAUGCAAUAGCAAUAUAGCACCUCAGCAUGGCAGACAGACACGGCGCAAUAAUAAACCGGAAUGGCAAAAUAAACUUGUAAAUGUGCGUCCGUUAUGUAUCUGUACGCCAUCCGAUGAUUGUUUUGUAGCUCCACUGCCAUCACAGAAUAAUAUUGCUGUGCUCUUCA